AUGUGAAUCUGAAUAACUUCAUUCGCUAACCUUCGUCUUUCCAACUCAUCCCUCCACCACCAUUCCUCUCCCCUUUCUCCUUUACUUAAUGCCGUCUUCCUCCUCCUCUUCCUUCCUCAUUUCCAUUCCCUAGACUCUUCCUCACCAUGGCGGAUUGGGGUCCAGUCUUUGUGGCGGUGGUGCUCUUCGUUCUCCUAACCCCCGGAUUGCUCGUUCAGAUGCCCGGGAAGAAUCGCUUCAUCGAGUUUGGGAACUUCCAGACCAGCGGAGUUUCCAUUCUGGUUCAUUCCGCUCUCUAUUUUGCCUUGAUCUGCAUCUUCUUGCUGGCUGUUGGUGUUCAUGUUUAUAUGGGCUCCUCGCUAGUGAACUCUGCUGAAUUCAAUUUCUCUUCUUCUUCUUCUUCUUCUUCUUCUUCUUCUUCUUCUUCCCCAUCGCGUUACUGCAAGACUAACUCGCUUCACGUUUUGCUACUUUGGAUAUUUCUCUCUUUACGUCUAGUGAAGUACGAAAUCUGGGAAAGGAUGUCGGAUUGGGCACCAGUAGUGAUCGGAGUUGUACUGUUCGUACUGCUCUCUCCAGGGCUUCUGUUCCAGUUUCCGGGGAAUAAUCGACAGUUUGAGUUUGGGAGUAUGAAGACCAACGGAAAGGCCAUCGCCAUUCACACGCUCAUUUUCUUUAUCCUUUACGCCGUCUUCAUUCUCGCUCUCCGUAUCCACAUCUAUACUGGCUGAUCCGGUAUUCUCUUAUUCUCGUCUCUUUCCGUUUUCAUUCGAGAUUGUUACCAACUGAAGUUUCUGCAAUCUUGGUGAUGUUUGUGCCGCCUUGUGUUUUGUAUUUCUUUUCGAAGCGGAUCUUGUUUGAUCUGUCUGGAUUUGCGAUUUGUGUAUGUGUAGUCGGAGACUCGGAAGAGAUAAAGGAAUUUUGUUUGUUAAUUUCGUUUUUACAUAC